CACUUUGUAUCUCUCCACCAGUCUUAUACCAUAUUGAUUGAAUUCCGUGAUGAUUAGUGGGCUCAAAAGUCGAUCAUCGGCCACGAGACGCCAGGCAGGGCAAUAUAAUGAUGCGUAUGCCGGAAGCAGUUCAACUUCGCAGCUUCAACAAAUCGACGCACAGGUUGUGUCUGGAUCUUCUGCAAAAGCUUCUUUGGGCAUCAAGGUCCUGUCAGAUCAUCCAGAUGCCGAAGUAGACAUAUGUCUAGUCCAUGGCUUAACCGGCAAUAGUCAUUCCACAUGGACACAUGACAAUGGGCACUUUUGGCCCCAAGACAGUCUCCCAGAACGCUUUCCAAAAGCCCGCAUAGUCACGUACGGCUACGACGCCGACGUUGUCAGUAUCUGGCGCAGCACAAGUACAAGCCGACUCCGCGAACACGGAGAAACAUUUAUACUUGCCUUGGCGAAUGAGCGUUCUAAAUCACUGCAUCGACCGAUCUUCUUCCUGGUCCACAGUCUGGGCGGGCUCGUAGUUGAACAAGCGCUCCUCAUAUGUGUUGAGUCCAACGAGUCGCGCUACAAAUCAAUCUCCUCGAGUGCAGCCGGCAUCAUGUACUUCAGCACUCCGCACGAAGGAUCCUAUCUGGCGAAGUGGGGGUCCAUAAUUGUUGGUUUGCUGCGCAGUCUGGGCAGGAACGUGAACCAAGACAUCGUCUCAACUUUGGAGAAAAAGUCAGAGGUGCUCCAGAACGUGGAGACAGGUUUCCAGAGCCAUCUACAACAUACUUGGAAACAAGUGAAGAUCUGCUGCUUCUAUGAACAGCUGCCCAUCCGCGGUUUCACUCACGUGGUGACGAAAGACUCAGCAGUACUCCGAGCCUACACCAGUGCUGGGCUCCAUGGUGACCACAUAACUAUGACCAAGUUUGAAAAUAGCCUAGACCCAGACUUUGCUCUAGCUGCUGGCCAGCUAAGCGAGUGGAUAACCAGUUUGGAUCCACAGACUCGACCAGAGUCUGUUCAGUCACCUUCAUCUGAUGCAGCAAACGAUAGUUCAGCGCGUGGUGGGACCACAACGUACGGAACUGCCACUGGGAUUAACUUUGGGACUAACGCGGCAUUCAAUGGAGGCAAUAUCAGUUACAACGCUAAGUAGUUGUCCUUGACAGUAGUCAUUACAAGUCCCUGCAGCGAGUCUGAAGUCAGCCACUUGUAGCAACGGUGAUAUCGCACAUAGCCUAUGAAGACACCGCUGCCUUUACCAAAGAGAAGCCCAGACCGAAUGUAGGAAGCG